AUGUCUCCGCUCUACUCACUGCUGCUGGUCCUGCCCUUGGCCCUGGUGGCCAUCCCUGGCAUCCAAGGAGCCUGCCCAACUGCUGCCGAACUCAAGAACCCCAACGGGACGCGGACGUGUGCCAGGCUCUACGACAAAAGUGACCCCUACUACGAGAACUGCUGCGGGGGCGCCGAGCUGUCUAUUGAACCGGGCGCUGACCUGCCCUUCCUGCCCUACAGCUGGACGAACGUGGUCUCCUCGCUUGUGGUGGGCCAGCGCUGCGAGCUCACCGUGUGGUCCCGCCGCGGCAAGGGCGGCAAGUCGCGCAGGUUCUCCGCAGGCGCCUACCCGCGUCUCGAAGAGUACCGCCGGGGCAUCUUUGGCCACUGGUCCAACGCCAUCUCCUCCGUCUACUGCAGAUGCUACUGAUGCCUCACAGGUUCCUCAUCUCCAGCCCCCCCAGAGUGCUGAGCCCCCCACCUGGCCUUGUGUCAGGGGCCUGCGGAAGGCCCCAAGUCCCAAAAGGAGCGAGCUUUCUGCCUGCACCCCACUCUG